UUCGAGGACCCUUAAUCAUUUCAAUUUCUCCACCGUUAGUUUCUUUAAUCAUUUUUAAGAUUGAAUUGUAUUUAGUUUCUCUAUUCCGAAGGCACUUUAUAUUAUAAAUAGUCCCUCCCAUUUCGCAAAUUCUUCUUCGCACGAACAAAUAACAAAACAAGCACUGCUCCCACUAUCUGCAACCAAAAGCACCACACACUCACACUCUCUCUAUAUAUUCAUAAUUUCCUCUUAGUUUUAUUGGCAGGAAAAGAUCAUAAAAUCAGUCACUUCCAUGGCAGCAAAGUUGUUAUCUUUGGCAUGCAUACGGAAUGAAAGCGGAGGUCAUGACUUAUCCCCGAGACCCCAUUACCCUUCUAUGCCUAAGUAUCCAAAAGGAGUUUCUGUUCGAGAAACAACCGUUGAAGGAUCGGAGGCUAAAGCGGUGUUGUGUGUCAUUGGAAUGACAUGUGCCGCGUGUGCCGGUUCCGUUGAAAAAGCUGUCAAACGUCUUCCUGGUAUCAAAGAAGCCGCUGUUGAUGUUUUAAAUAAUCGUGCUCAAGUUCUCUUCUAUCCCACUUUUGUAAACGAAGAAACCAUUCGUGAGACAAUUGAAGAUGCCGGAUUUGAGGCAACUCUGAUUCAAGAUGAGACUAAUGAUAAAUCAGCUCAAGUAUGCAGAAUACAAAUUAAUGGAAUGACUUGCACUUCUUGCUCUUCUGCAGUUGAGCAAGCUCUGCAAUCAAUUCAAGGUGUACAAACAGCUCAAGUUGCAUUAGCAACUGAAGAAGCAGAAAUUCACUAUGAUCCAAAGAUGUUGAGCUACAAUCAGCUCUUAGAAGCCAUAGACAACACAGGAUUUGAAGCCAUACUUAUUAGUACUGGUGAAUACAUUGACAAAAUACAACUUAAAGUUGAUGGUAUAUGGACAUACAAUUCAAUGAGAAUGAUUGAAAAUUCUCUUCAGGCACUUCCUGGUGUUCAAAGUAUAGAUAUAGACCCUGAACUCCGCAAAUUUUCUCUUUCUUACAAGCCAGAAAUGACUGGUCCUAGAAAUUUUAUCAAAGUGAUUGAAUCAACUGGGACUGGGCGAUUCAAGGCGAUGAUAUUUCCUGAAGGAGGAGGAGGAAGAGAAAGCCAUAGAAAGGAGGAAAUUAAGCAAUACUAUAGAUCGUUUCUGUGGAGUUUGGUCUUUACAGUACCUGUAUUUCUAACAUCAAUGAUUUUUAUGUACAUCCCUGGAAUUAAGCAUGGAUUGGACACCAAGAUAGUCAAUAUGCUGACUGUAGGAGCAAUUCUGAGGUGGGUGCUAUCCACUCCAGUGCAGUUCAUCAUUGGCCGACGAUUCUACACAGGUGCCUACAAAGCAUUGAGGCAUGGUUCUGCUAAUAUGGAUGUGCUGAUUGCCUUGGGAACAAAUGCAGCCUACUUUUAUUCGGUCUAUUCUGUGUUGAGAGCUGCUACCUCCUCGGAUUUCAUGGGGACGGAUUUCUUUGAGACUAGUUCAAUGCUUAUCUCGUUUAUUCUUCUUGGCAAGUAUUUAGAGGUUUUGGCUAAAGGAAAGACAUCUGAGGCUAUUGCUAAGCUUAUGGACUUAGCACCUGAGUCAGCUAUACUACUGACUCUAGAUGAUAAAGGAAAUGUAAUUGAUGAAGAAGAAAUAGACAGCAGGUUGAUACAAAAGAAUGAUGUGAUCAAAAUCAUUCCUGGUGCGAAAGUAGCUUCAGAUGGUUUUGUUAUAUGGGGCCAAAGCCAUGUCAAUGAAAGCAUGAUAACAGGAGAAGCUCGGCCUGUGGCAAAGAGGAAAGGUGACCCAGUAAUUGGAGGUACUGUGAAUGAGAACGGAGUAAUGCAUAUUAAGGCUACAAGGGUUGGGUCAGAGAGUGCACUUGCACAGAUUGUUCGUCUUGUAGAGUCAGCGCAGAUGGCUAAAGCUCCUGUACAGAAGUUUGCUGAUCGAAUUUCCAAGUACUUUGUACCUCUGGUCAUCUUUCUUUCAUUUUCAACUUGGCUUGCCUGGUUUUUAGCUGGAAAAUUUCAUGGCUAUCCAGAAUCUUGGAUUCCAAAUUCCAUGGAUAGCUUUCAGCUUGCACUCCAAUUUGGAAUCUCUGUUAUGGUUAUAGCCUGUCCAUGUGCUCUUGGAUUAGCAACUCCAACUGCUGUCAUGGUUGGAACUGGAGUCGGUGCCUCCCAGGGUGUGCUAAUCAAAGGUGGCCAGGCAUUAGAAAGUGCACACAAGGUGAAUUGCAUAGUGUUUGACAAAACAGGAACUCUUACGGUUGGAAAGCCUGUGGUUGUUAACACAAAGCUCUUCAAAAAUAUGGUUCUCAGGGAGUUUUAUGAACUUGCUGCUGCUGCUGAGGUAAACAGUGAGCACCCUUUAGCCAAGGCGAUUGUGGAGUAUGCCAAGAAAUUCAGAGAAGAUGAAGAGAACCCUGUCUGGCCAGAGGCAAAAGAUUUUAUCUCGAUUACUGGCCAUGGGGUGAAAGCUAUUGUCCGGAACAGGGAAAUAAUAGUAGGAAACAGAAGCUUGAUGAUCAACCACAAUAUUGCCAUUCCAGUUGAUGCUGAAGAGAUGCUUGCAGAAACUGAAGGGAUGGCUCAAACUGGGAUAUUAAUAGCAAUAGAUCAGGAAGUAAUCGGAGUUCUAGCCAUAUCUGAUCCACUAAAACCUGGUGUGCAUGAAGUUAUUUCCAUUCUCAGGUCAAUGAAAGUUCGAAGCAUCAUGGUGACAGGUGAUAACUGGGGAACUGCCAAUUCCAUUGCCAGGGAAGUUGGGAUUGAAUCUGUUAUCGCAGAAGCCAAGCCUGAACAGAAAGCGGAGAAAGUAAAAGAGUUGCAGGCUGCAGGCUAUGUAGUGGCAAUGGUAGGUGAUGGUAUAAACGAUUCGCCAGCGCUUGUAGCAGCAGAUGUUGGAAUGGCAAUUGGUGCAGGCACAGAUAUUGCUAUAGAGGCAGCUGACAUAGUUCUGAUGAAGAGCAACUUGGAGGACGUAAUCACUGCUAUAGACCUUUCCAGGAAGACCUUUUCUCGUAUUCGACUGAACUACAUUUGGGCCCUGGGUUAUAAUUUGCUCGGUAUCCCAAUAGCUGCCGGGGCACUUUUUCCUGGCACUGGAUUCCGUUUACCCCCUUGGAUCGCUGGAGCUGCAAUGGCAGCCUCGUCAGUCAGUGUGGUUGUGUGCUCCCUGUUGUUAAAAUACUACAAAAGGCCGAAGAUGCUAGAAAGCCUUGAGAUUCGUGGAAUUAGGAUUGAGUGAGUGAUGAUUUUAGUUUUCAAUAUCUAGGAAUAAGUUUUAAGUUGUUUGUUGCUUGAAGCAUCUAAGACGCUGCUGCUGCUACUUUGCUUUUCUUUAUUUUCCUAUGGCUUGUUUGGUGUUUCUAUAUGUAAAAGUGGUGAAUAAUUGUGUAUAUAUAUAUAUAUAUAAAUAUAUAUAUAUAUAUAUUAAUUUUCGAGAUUUAAAUUUUUUUAAUAUAACUUUUAUAAUAUAAGAUUUUUAUUUUAA